UAAGUACGGAGUAUAUACUUCGUAUUAUUAAUAUUUGAUUAUUAAAUUAUGAUGAUUAUUAAGAAUGUAUCAAAGGGUCAGAUAGACCCUCAAGAAAAAGCCUUUAUAUAGGAGGCUCUAUCCGGCCGUCGUCAUUUGGGGCAGUUCCAGAUAGAAUUUUUUGAUAAUAUAUUUUGAGAAUCUUGUAAUUAAGUAUAGUUUAACUGGGCUUUUAACUGCCGACUUCUGUUGGUUUUGAAUUGUACAGCCGCACAAACAAUCGGUAUCUGUUACGGAAGAAACGGCGACAACUUGCCUUCAGACCCGGCGGUGGUCGAUCUCUACACCCACUAUGGCAUCACUAACAUGCGAGUCUACGAACCGGCGCCGCCUCUUCUGGCCGCUCUCCGGGGAACCAACAUCCAACUUACCCUCGGAAUUCCCAACUCCGAUCUCCAAUCCCUCGCCGACCCCUCCGCGGCGGCCGCCUGGGUCCAAACCGUCAUUCUGAGCAACCACCCAGAUGUCAAAUUCAAGUACAUUUCCGUCGGCAACGAGGUUCUCCCGACCACCGUCCCUGACGUGGCCGGAUUCCUCCUUCCCGCAAUGCAGAACGUGCACAGCGCCCUGGCGGCCGCCGGGCUGGACACCCAGAUCAAGGUCUCCACGGCGGCGUUUCAGGGCGUCCUAACCAACACCUCCCCGCCGUCCGGCAGCGUUUUCCGGGACGAACUCCGGGAGUUCCUCGUACCCAUACUCCAAUUCCUGUCGGCGACAACCUCGCCGCUUCUGGCGAACGUGUACACGUACUUCGCCUACGUGUCCGAUCCGGUCCACAUCCCGCUCCAAUUCGCGCUGAUCAAUCAGACCGCGCCGCCCGACCCGGCCGGCUACACCAACCUCUUCGACGCGAGCCUGGACAGCUUCUACUACGCUCUGGCCAACGCCGAGUUCCCGGGGGUCGAUGUCGUGGUUGCCGAGUCCGGGUGGCCGUCCGCCGGCGGCGACGCCGCAGAAGUGGGGAACGCUUUCAGUUAUUACCAAAACUUGCUGAAUCACGUGAAGGGAGGAGCCGGGACGCCGUUCAAGCCGGGGAAGCCGAUCGAGGCUUACUUGUUUGCUCUGUUUGAUGAGGAUUUGAAGACCGGAGCUGAGACGGAGAGACAUUUUGGGCUGUUUUAUCCUAACCAAACAGCCAAGUACUC